UCUGGCAAAAAGUCUGGUGCCGUCAAAGACAAGUCGGUCAAGCCCGCGACCGUCGUCCCCCUCCCUAAGCCAACGUCUGUCACAGAUAGACCGUGGACAGAGGUGGUAAAGAGAGGGAAGAGGAAGGAAGGGGGUGGUGCUCCUACCGCUGCACAAUCGGCAGCGAAAGGAAAGGCACCCCCGAAAAGGGCCACCGAAAAAGCUCCCUCGAAAGGGGAUACUACAUCGGGAGAGGCCAACGUAAAGGCCCCUGCCACCAAACCAGUGCCCCCAAAGAGAAAGGUGCCGCGCACCUCCGCCGUUGUCCUCACGUGCCCUGAGGGCAACUAUGCGGAAUGUAUGUUGGAGGUGCGCCGGCGGAUAAAGCUGGCGGAUUUAGGGAUCCAGUCUCACAACAUCCGUCGCACGGCCACCAACGCGUAUAGCAUCAAAGUGGCCGGCGAAGGAAACAAGAAGAAGGCAGACACCUUGGCCAUUAAGAUGGCCGAGGUGCUCGCGGGGAAGGAGAGAGUCCGUGUUGCGAGGCUUGAGCUCAUGGCAGAGCUCAGGCUGAGCAACAUGGAUGAUUCGGUGUCGAAGGCCGAUGCUAGGAAGACUCUGGCGGAAAAGGGGAAGAUCCCCCCGACCGCCAUCAAAGUGGGUCUCCCGAAGCGAGUGGCGAACGGCCUCUACACUGUGGUCGUGUGCUGCCCGCUGACGCUGGCAAAUUUACUUUCUCGGGAAAGGAAAAUAGUCAUUGGAUGGGCCAAAGCAAAGGUGGAGUUGCUGACAAAAAGGCCCCUCCAAUGCUACAGGUGCAUGUCGUUCGGGCACACCCGGGCGACAUGCACCAGCGUGGUCGACCGCACUGGACUGUGCUACCGGUGCGGCAAGGCCACCUCGCCAAAAUAUGCACAGACGAACCACACUGCGUCGUCUGUGCGGGCGCGGGACGACCUGCCAACCAUCGGGUUAGUGGGAAGUCCUGCAAAGGCCCGAAAAAGACCGGGGAAAAUGUCCCCGAUAUAG